UCCGGAAGCCCGGUUCGCAGUCCGGUGGCCCAUCCCUGGCUGCGGGGAGUGGAGGCUCCCACAAGGUAGCGGUGGCCUGCAGCGGCCCCCUCCCCCAGCGAACCAUGGGCCAGAAGCUCUCGGGGAGCCUCAAGUCGGUGGAGGUGCGCGAGCCAGCGCUGCGGCCGGCCAAGCGCGAGCUGCGUGGGGCAGAGCCAGGGCAGCCGGCGCGCCUGGACCAGCUCUUGGACAUGCCGGCAGCGGGGCUGGCUGUGCAGCUGCGGCACGCGUGGAACCCCGAGGACCGCUCGCUCAAUGUCUUCGUCAAGGACGACGACCGGCUCACCUUCCACCGGCACCCGGUGGCCCAGAGCACCGACGGCAUCCGCGGCAAGGUGGGCCACGCCCGCGGCCUGCACGCCUGGCAGAUCCACUGGCCCGCGCGGCAGCGCGGCACCCACGCUGUCGUGGGUGUGGCCACGGCUCGCGCACCCCUGCACUCUGUGGGCUACACGGCACUGGUGGGCAGCGACGCCGAGUCGUGGGGCUGGGACCUGGGCCGCAGCCGCCUCUACCAUGACGGCAAGAACCGGCCCGGUGUGGCCUACCCUGCCUUCCUGGGGCCCGACGAAGCCUUCGCCCUGCCGGACUCGCUGCUGGUCGUGCUGGACAUGGAUGAGGGCACGCUCAGCUUCGUCGUGGAUGGCCAGUACCUGGGCGUGGCCUUCCGGGGCCUCAAGGGCAAGAAGCUGUACCCGGUGGUGAGUGCCGUUUGGGGCCAUUGCGAAGUCACCAUGCGCUACAUCAACGGCCUUGACCCGGAGCCCCUGCCGCUGAUGGACCUGUGCCGAAGAACCAUCCGUUCCGCCCUGGGCCGGCAGCACCUGCGGGACAUCGGCUCCCUGCCCCUGCCUCAGUCUCUCAAAAACUACCUGCAGUACCAGUGAGCCGGGGGCUGCAGAGCAGCGGUGGGCGUCCUUGGCCUCCUGGCCUGUCACCUCCCGUUCACGCAGUACAUUCAGGAGGGGGCCUUCCCCCUCACCCCAGUUCCAUUCCCUGAGAGGAUGUGUUACCGACUUUGAAAACGAAAUGUCUGUUGCCAACAGUUAUUUGCUGCCUUCAGAGCCGCGCUCCCAAGAUGCCUCCUUGGAAGCCACGAAGAGCCUGGAGCCAGCAGCCUGCGCCGGCCCCCGGAGAUCCUGCUGGCCACCCGGACGAGGCAGCCACCCCGUAUUGAUCAAAGAGCCUGCUUCCUUAAUUCAAGAGAAUGAAUAAAACAUUGGGCGGCAGACUUUUAUUGUGUGCCCGGUAGCAGACAGGGUGAGGGGAAAAUUGGCCAGAGCAGGAGAAAAUUGCCUCUGAAUAAUGAAUGAUGGAAGCAGCCUGAUGCCAGCGCCCCUCCUGCCCCACCCCUUGGCAGGGCAUCAGGGUCACCGUGACAUUUUAGGACUUUGUGCCCCUUUGAAAGACUUAUCCAGGGAAGCUCAGCAGCGAAAUUGGCAAGUGGGCAUGGCUGUUUUUAGACCCCUUCCAGCUUACCUCUUUGAAUGCUGUUUACUUAUCCCUCUCUCUCCACAUGCCACCUUCCCUGGCCACUGGCCCCCCUCCCCCCCGCCACCCAGAGUUCUCUGGAUGCCCCAGGCCCCUCUAUUCAGGGAAGAGAAGCCUGACUUAUUCACCCCAGGGACAGAAGGCAUCCUUUAUUAUGAUUUUAAGCAGAGUUUUCAUUUUAGAAGAGGAGCGCGGUGAGGGUGGUACUUCCUCCAAAGGUGCUAAUGGGGGAAUGUGGGGCAUUGUCUCACCCAAGUUGGGUGACGUCCUUGGGCUGGAAAGCCUUUGGGGUGGGGAGCCGAGGGUCUCUAGGCAACCGUCCAUUCAGGGUACAGCCUGGCUGUCACAGCUUUAUUUGAGCGAAUUAUUUUUUCACUUGGGGAGACUUCUACAGAUUUUGUUCCCAUUUCAAAUGUGUGUGUGGUGUGAUGUUUAUUUAUCAGCUUGGGGCCCAUGGGGGCAGCCUGGGAACUGGAAGGGGGGAUGUGGGAGAUGCGUGCUAUGGGGCAUCUCUCGUGGGUUUGGAGCACUCUCUGCCCAGACUCCUUUUUAACUGGAAAUAGUCGCGUGGGUGGGAUCCCAGAGCCCCAGACGGUACUGCCGCCCCCCACUUCAAUGUGAAUUUGAUGAAUGAGGAGCGUUUCUAAUAAAGUUUGUUGUUGGAUCCUUCAGCUGUUUAUCAGAUGCUCUCUGGGGAAGGGCGGUGAGAUCUCCUGUCUGGUCCGUCCCAGGACUCACAGGAAGGCGCCAACGUGCAUCUGGCUCAAGCCACUUCUCAGCCUUUCU